AUGAAAGAGGGAGGUGAUUCAAUAAUAAUAAAAAAAAUGAAGAUUGCAGGGGCUAAAGGAAAGGCAAAAAGGGCCAUCAAAGCAGUUGCUCACUAUCUAGGAUGCUCGGAGUCUGAGCUGAGUGCUGAGCGGCAGGGCCUGGGAUACAGCAAUAUUGUGUUCAAGGUAUCCAGUGAAAACAACAGCUAUCUGUACAAAGAGUAUUUAUCAGACAUAACAUUGGACUCGUUUGAGCUAAAGUGGCAAAAGCAUUUUGAAAGACCUAAAGUCCUUUUUGAGACUUCAAAGUACAGAAUUGACGAAUACAUUGAGCACAGGGUGAUGACAAAAAGCUCUCUAAAAAAUCCAGAGGUGCUCAAAGGGAUAGCAAAGCAGCUAUCAGCAAUGCACAGCACAAAGACUCCACCCGGGGCAAAUGUCUAUUAUGCAAAUUUGCUUAAAGACCAGAAGAACAAGGUGGCGAGCAAGAUAAGCAGCAUAAGAUUCUUUGAAAUAUGCAAAAAGAUAGAGAAGAAAAUCGAAACUCUGUGCAGUAACAGCAUCUUCAAAAACUCGCUGAAGGUGUGCCACAACGACCUGCAGUUCGGCAAUAUUCUGCUCCUUCCUACGAACGAAGUGGUUAUAAUAGACUUUGAGCAUGUUUCUCUCAACAUUCCAUCCAUUGACAUUGCCGGGUUCUUCAACGAAGCGUGCACAAACUACAGACAAAGAGGAGCACCGCUGGCAGAAAAACACUUCUUGCACACAGAGUAUGCAAAAAUAUUUCUGAAAGCGUACCUCAAAGAGCAGGGAAUUUCGGCUCCAGUUAAUAAAGUGUUGAAAGAAAUAGAAAAAGUAAGAUCAGUUUCUCAUUAUUAUUGGUUUGUAUGGGCUAUAGCAAUGCUAGUCAAAGAGAAGAAGCAAGCCUCUCUGGACUAUUUUGCAUUUGCAAUGAACAGGCUUAGAUAUCUGCAGCAGGACGACUUCAUUACAUCCACCAAUGUGAAAGAGCUGCGCAGAUUUAUAGCGAAUAGAAAAUAG